AGCAUAAACACGCAGUCAUUGGUAUUUCGAUGUCAAAGGUUUUUGGUCGCUUUCAAUACGGUUUUUACUUAAUUUGGUUUCGUGGCGCUGGAAAGACGGUUCGCAAUUCUUUUUCCAAAUCAAUGUUAGGCCUGAUUUCGGUGAUUUGUCAGUGAAUUGCUCAACAAAGGACCGAAAAUGGCUUUGAUACUUAAGCGUGUGUAUGAGGGGUACUUUUGGUUAAUGGACGAUAUCGCAGAUCCACGUGCCCUGGAUUAUCCAUUAAUGUCUACGCCACUUCCUGUUAUUUUCAUAAUUUAUUUCUGGUUUAAAUUCGUUCUUACCUGGGCGCCGAACUACAUGAAAGACCGCCCCCCAUUUGAACUGAAAAAAAUCAUUAUGCUCUACAAUAUUAUGCAAAUUAUCGCCAAUGGAUACAUAUUGUUUUUUAUCUUUUUAGCUCGAAACGAAAUCGACUGGACCUGCGGCGAAAUUGAUUUUUCAGACAGUUACUGGGCUCGAAAGUUUCUCAGCUUGACUUACCUCUUUUUCAUCGUGAAGAUUAUGGAUCUUUUGGACACCGUCUUUUUCGCGCUGCGAAAAAAAACCGCUCAUAUCAGUUUCCUCCAUACUUACCAUCACUUCGGAAUGGUUGGACUCGGAUGGUUGGGGGUAAAAUUCCUCGGAGGAGGACAUUCCUAUUUUGUUGGCUUGGCUAAUGCACCAGUGCACAUGAUUUUGUACUCGUAUUACCUGCUGACGUCUUAUAACAGCAAAUAUGGAAGAGUGUUAUGGUUGAAGCGAUUUAUUACUCAGGCUCAAUUGAUUCAGUUCGCAUUUUUAAUUUGCAUUUAUGGGCAACUGUUCUUCCGAAGCAACUGCAACUAUCCGAAGUUGGUGCCGUUUUUCUUUGUGCCGCAGAAUAUUUUCAUGAUCAUUUUGUUUGGCGAUUUCUACAUUCACAACUACAUUUUGAAGAAAAAAGGGCAAAUUCCGGAGCAAUCUGAGUCAGAAAAAUUAAGCUUGUAGCAUGUAUCCCAUGACUGAGGACCUAAUAGAUUAAAAURUUAUUUUAUAUUUGCAAAUGUUUUGGUUUUUGAAAAUAAAUUGAUCACGUUGUUUUUGAA